AUGGGAAAGCGCAAGCAAGAUCUCGGCGAUGUGCCCAUGGGCGGCGCCAAUGCCCAGGGCGAGGACGACUCAGACGACUCUACAAAGGACGUUGACAUGGUCAAUGUCGACUUCGAAUGGUUUGACCCGCAGCCCGCCGUCGAUUUCCACGGUCUCAAGAACCUGCUCCGACAAUUGUUCGACAUUGACGCCCAGAUCUUCGACCUGUCCGCACUGGCCGACUUGAUUUUGUCGCAGCCCACGUUGGGCUCGACGGUUAAGACGGAUGGAAACGAGUCGGACCCGUAUGCUUUCUUGUCGGUUAUCAACCUGCAGGAGCACAAGGACAAACCCGUGAUCAAGGACCUGAUUCAAUACAUGAAGACCAAAUCCGCCGCCAACCCCUCUCUCGCCCUCCUCAAGGACCUUCUGUCCCAGCAACCCGUGCCGCCUAUUGGCCUGAUUCUGACCGAGCGUGUGAUCAACAUGCCUGGUCAAAUUGUCCCGCCGAUGUAUAACAUGCUUCUGGAAGAGAUGGCCUGGGCCAUCCAGGACAAGGAGCCUUACAGCUUCACCCACUACCUGAUUAUUUCGAAGGGAUACGAAGAGGUGGAGUCGAAGCUCGAUAUGGAGGAGUCGCGGCCGCAGAAGAAGUCAAAGAAGGGCGCCCUCGAGACCCAGCGGUACUUUUUCCACCCCGAGGAUGAGGUUCUGCAGCGUCAUGCUCUGUGCUCUGGAACCCUUGAGUACACGCACGAGCAUGACGAAGGCCAUUCCGAUUCCAAGCGGGCCUUCCAGGAACAUGGUAUUAAGACCAACGGUAGCUUGAUCCUUAUCGACGGGCCUAAAUUCGAGACCGCCGUCAAGGCCGUGGGCGAGUACUUGUCCUAA